UUAUUUGAUCUUUAGGAAAUGUAUUUGGUCGAGCGCACUUGUAACGAACUCAAAAUUAAUACGAAAAAUAAAACGAUACGAAAUCACGCAAAAUUUACGAAAAUCGCAAAAUUCACAAACUUCAGCACAACUACAGAGACAAUUGAAGUAAAUGCUUACGGUUGAUAAAAUUACUUACAGUGCAACAUAAGAAGGGGAUGAACGCCGCCAAAAGCAGUGAUACGACCGAUGCCGCUGUAGAAUAAAUUUUUUUUACAGAACGCGCUUAGCGUUAAAUGUUAAAACAUAUGUGUUACAUACAUACAUAAACAAACUACAUACAAAAGUGUUAGUGUGAAAUAAAAUUGCAGUGCAAUAAAAAUAAAACACCAAAAAAAUUAUUAAAAUCUUGUAUAUUGUGGUUGCUUUGCCGAAAAAAACGUAAGAAGACUUACUCACGCUGGAGAAGCUGCGCGACAAAAUGUGGUUCCGCCUCUCGGGUGGCGGAAGCAGUAGCGGUGGGGGCAGUGGUGCAGAUUCCACAGACGAUGCCUCACCCACACUCGCCAGCAAUACAUCGAAUUCCUUGACGGUGCCCAAUUCGGGCGGCAGUGAACCAUCGCGUUUUGAGAAGUUUCGACGUGCGAGCUUUCGACGCAAAUCCACCGGUCAGAUGCCGACACGUAAGCGUUCCAAAUCGCCACAUUUCAUCUUGCAAGCAGACAAAUCCACCUCAUUGGAGGAGGCAGACGAGGAUGCAGAGAAGGAGCGUGGCGGCACAGAAGUGACGCAAGAGCGUCUGUCGGCUACUGAUAAUGUGACCAACGGCAACCAAAAAACGCUGCAUAAAAACGAAGUCAAUAUUUUGUUGAAUGGACCAGAGGGUGAGACCACCACGCUGCUAUUGCUCAGCGACCCUAAGCCGGAGCACAAGAAAACUACGCUCAAGUCCAUCAAAACUGAUCCACCAAAGCGCAAGUUCUACAAGUUUACUUCCUCCUCAGCGCGCCGGCAAGGUUCACUCGAGAGCGCUGAAGCGCCACCGGCUUUAAGCGCGCUAUCGGCUUUAAGUGAGUUCACACCGAAGAGCACGAAGAUGAAGUCUACCACAAACGUCGUCGCAUACACUGAUGAUGAGGAUACCGAUGCUGACGAGGACACAGACUCUACCGAUACGGAUGACGAAAGCAGUGAUGCUGAGGAAGAAAAUUUAUCGCCCAAACGUGUCAAUGGUAAAGAGAAGAAGAUACUGCUUACCGAUCCGAAAUACAAGCAUAACCGCGUCGAGAAGAGUUCUUCUAAGACGAAGAUGGCUGAGCUGGAGAAACGUGAGAGCUUGAAGCGUUCGCGUAGUGCGCGUAAAGUGGCAGCGGCUGAGCGUGUGGCUGCUGCAGCGGCUGCAUCCACGAUGGGGGAGUCUGUCGGCGAAGCCGUCAGCCCGCAGAAGAAAAAGGAUAAACGCGCUGAAAAGGAGGCGGCGAAGAAGCAGUCACGCGCGCAUAAUAAUCUUAACUUACAAGCGCUUGUCAAGUUUGUGAUGAACAACAAGAAAUUCAUCAAUACUGAAGAAUUUACUUUGACGCGCCGCAAGUCGAUCUCGGAAGCAGCAACCACAGUCAUCUCUAUGGCGUCCACCUGCAAGCCCAUGCCAAUUGCGUUGAAAUAUUCGCCCGACGGCGUUGUGGCUGAAGCGCCAAAGGAGCAUGACGCCAAGGCCGAGCGUAACGUAGUGUUGGUGAAGAAACAAAAUCUCAAGAAUUCAUUUUGCGAUCACUUGAAUAACAACAACAAUUACGGGUGUCAAGAAGCGCCCGACAGUUGCACGAAAGGCAUCGGUGACAAGGACAAAAAGAAGAAACAAAAAAAGCAGAAAAAGAAGUCAGUAGAGGUGGACGAGUGUACCAAUAGAGAAAUCUACAAAUGCUUAGCUGAGGAGGAUACACAGAAAGCGUUGGACGCCAAAGUGAAACGCAACUGUUCGAAUAGCUCGAAGAGCAGCAAAAGCAGUGGUAACUUCGAGGAUGAAGCUUUCUAUUCAUGCGACGAGUUGGAACGCGAGGAGAGAGCCAGAGCUGCCAGCAGCAGUAGUUACGCUGGCGGCGGCGGCGGCGGUAGUAGCCGUGGUGGUAGCGUAAGUGGCAUGGAUACAUCGCCGCCCAAUUCCAAUACUUCCGGCUCAACUUCAUCCACAUCGAAUUUAUUAUCGCCGCCAGGUUUUGUAACGACUGAUGAGACGGGGACACAAACAACAGUCAUAAAGCGCAAAUCAUCUUCCCCAUCUCUCACCUCGAGAGUUGCGGCCAAGAUUAAUGAGAAAACGAAUAACUAUCGGAAUCGGAGAGCGGUCGCAGCUGCAGCGGCUGCGGCAGCUAGCAAAGUGGCCAAGAAGCAACGCAAGGGUCAGGUAUCGUUGACGACGGCCAGCGAAGGAGGUGUUGGUGUUAGUGGCGGUAUAGGUGGAAGUGCAAGCGCGGGCGCUGGAAAGCGUGCAGAAUUCUACAAGCAAUUAAGUGUUGAACGCUUGCACGCAUCAUCAAUAGUGCGGCAACCCUCCGAUCGCAGACCGGAUGCAGGCAACCAAGCGCUGCGCUCCAACGGCAAUGCCGCCGCCACAACGUCCGCCGACAACACAGACGAUGUACAGCUACGUUUGCCAUCGAGCGCUGCAUACCCAGCCGGCGGUUCGGGCGGCGAAACAGGCGCUGGCAUUGUCGGCAAAGGCGCAUUGGGACGCGGCACACGCGAAUCCAAUGUACCGUUGUCAGGCGAAGUGGCCGACAUGGGAGGUACAGCUGCCGCCGAUGCGAAUGCGCAGGACGCAGCAGAAGGGAAGGAUGCACGCCGAGAACGUUUACAUCAACAUCAUCAGAAUAAAAGCGCCCCCGUCUCUGUUAAUCGCUCCGAAUCGUACAAGGAGCGUUUAUCGCAAAAACGCAAUCGCAAUAGUCGACGCAAAACAUCAGAUCCUAGUCUGACGUCAAGGCCAAACGAUGAGCAAACCGAUGUUGGUCUUUCCAAUUCCAAUUACACCGCAAGUUCCAAUUCUAGUCUUUCCUCGGGUGGCGGCUCUGAGAGUCCCAGCACCUCAAUGGAACAAAUGGGCGGCGCUGGUGGUGCAACCGCCACCGCCAGCGGCCAUCCAAUUACACAUCAUCACAGCAUGCACGCCCACCACACUACACCGCAUCAUCACAUGCACCAGCACAGCCAUCAGGAUUCGUUUCAUGGAAGCAUUGGUGGCAGCUCGAUGAACACCAGCUUUUGGGGCAGCAGUUUUGGUGGCGUAGGCAGUGGCCAACCCGGUCAGCGACAAUGGAAUUUCGAGAGUGACGAUGACGAUGAUCUCAACGAGGCCGAUUGGAGUUCAAAUGUUACAGCCGAAAUAUUAGCUGCGCUCACCGAUGCGGAAAAGAAGCGACAGGAGAUUAUAAAUGAAAUUUACCAAACCGAGCGCAGUCAUGUGCGCAUUCUCAAGCUAUUGGAGCGUCUCUUCCUCUUACCGCUGCAAGAGAGCAAUCUGCUCACCCAAGAACACUUAAUGCUGCUCUUCCCGCCCGCUUUACUUUCACUACGUGAAAUACACUCGACCUUCGAACAACAACUGAAGCAGCGUCGCCUCGAACACAAUCAUGUGGUCACACACAUCGGCGAUCUGCUGUCCACCAUGUUUUAUGACAAGUCGGGCGAUGAGCUGUGCCAAUAUGCGGCACAAUUUUGUGCGCGCCAACAAAUCGCUUUGGAAGCGCUCAAAGAGAAGCGACGCAAGGAUGAACAGUUGCAGAAGCUAUUAAGUAAGGCCGAAUCGCAUAAGGCAUGCCGACGUCUACAGUUGAAAGAUCUGCUGCCGGCGGUGCUGCAGCGUCUUACCAAGUAUCCGCUUCUCUUCGAGAAUCUGUACAAGGUGACCAUACGCGUGGUGCCCGAGAAUACAACCGAAGCCGAGGCCAUACAGCGUGCGCUGGAGUCGUCGAAGAAGAUACUCGUUGAUGUAAACCAGGCUGUGAAGACCGCUGAAGAUGCACACAAAUUGCAAAACAUUCAGAAGAAAUUAGACAAGUCAACCUUCGAUAAGGAUGAAUUUAAGAAUUUGGACUUAACGCAGUACCGUCUCAUACACGAUGGUAGCUUGACAAUGAAGAAGAAUCCCAGCAUACAAUUGCACGGUCUACUCUUUGAAGAUAUGAUUGUGUUGUUAACCAAACAGGACGAUAAAUAUUCUUUGAAAUAUUUGCAUGCUACACGCAACACAGAAGUCAACAAUAAGCCAGUCAGCCCUAUAAUGAGCAUCGAUUCGGAGACGCUGGUACGCCAAGAAGCCGCCGAUAAGAAUUCAUUUUUCUUGAUUAAGACAAAAACAUCACAAAUGUUGGAAUUACGCGCACCAAGCAGUUCUGAGUGUAAAACGUGGUUCAAGCACAUUUCCGAUGCCGCUGAACAGUACAAACCACGUUCGAAGAACGCCAAUCAUGAGCCAGUUGACGAUCCAGCGAUCGCCACUUUACCGCAUUCCAAUACAAAGGAGUCGCUUGAACUCACACCGGAGCGCCCACCGCCCGCCUCGGCUAUAGCCACGGUGACAACCACACCGCUGGCGCCGAUGAUGCCAGUCGCCACCGCGACUUCGGUCAAUGUCAAUAACAAUAAUAACAACAGUAACGACCCCCACAAUGUGCAACUGCGAAAUGGGCGCCGUGAGAGCACUCCGACGCCUGGCAGCGUCGACCACAAAAUGCGGCUCAGCCACAACGAACUGUCACCUUCGAUCGGUUCAUCAUCGGCCGCCAUGUCAUCCGCCUCCACAGCGUCGCUGUCGUCUGCGGUUAACCGCACAAUGUCGACACGCAGCUGCGGUGAACCCAACAACAACAACGACGGAUACGAGAACUCAAGCGUGACACUUCGUCACACACAAUCCGCCCGCCAGGCAAACGGUCACAAUGCGGGCGCCGGCGUGGAUGAGUUUGGGUCGAGCGUCAGCGGCGCAAGCAUCAGCAGCGGCUCAAAACGCGACAGCGCCAGCAUUGUGUACUCAAAUAACUCGAACAAUACGCGCACGCUAAUGCAAUCGUCUCCGCCACUGGUCGAGCCCACCGCCAUACAGAUCAGCAUUAGUCCAGCACAUACCGCUGAGCCGGUACUCACACCGGCCGAACGACUCCGCCGCCUUGACGCCUCUAUACGCGAAGGCCUUUUGGAGAAGCAGAAAAUCAUUUGUGAUAUGUUCAGGUUGCCGGUGGAGCACUUCCAUGAGAUCGUCGACAUUGCGGCAAUGCCAGAAGCGCCCAAAGACAGCGCCGACAUUGCGUUGGCAGCGUAUGCACAGGUGCAAUCACUAACCGAGGUUCUCAAUGAGUAUAUGCAUGUGACGCACGAACAAGAAAUAUCUGCCGUGUCCACGGCCGUUUGCGAUCAAUGCCAUGAAAAGCAACAGCAACAACAUCAUCAUCAUCACCACAGCCAGCGACCGCUGACGCCGCUCACAGCAGCCUCAUCGAACUCGUCGUCAACGUCAACAAUGAAUUCCACUGGCUCUUCGACUACAACACAAAUAGCAGCGACGAGUGGCGCCGCAACUGCAGCUGCGCCUUCAUUAGCGGACAUACCGCCACCGCUACCACCACCAAAUAAGCAGAUCGCUCAACAGCAAACACCCACCGCAAAAACGCCUACCAGCGCGCGCACAGUGCUGCAAAACGCGUUGAUGGACGAGGACAUACACGAAGACGACGACGGCUAUUGCGAGAUUGACGAACUGCGGUUGCCGGCAUUGCCGCCAACGCUCGCUUCAAAGGCAGCCAAAGUUUCUUCGCCUCCGCCACCUUUGCCACCACCGGUUGGCGUUUUGAAAGCACCGCUAUUGCCACCACCGCCAGCAACAACCCAGCAGCAGCAGGCGGAGGAGAAAAGCGCUUCCAAUGCGGCGACAGCAAACACGAUGCUUCCAGAGGAAAACAAUUCAACAACUGUGGUGCAAACGAACGCAGCUGAGCUGGUGAAACGGCAAAGCACAAUAAGUGCUGAUAGCAUUCCUGAAGAAUCUGCCGAUGAGGUAACCCAAGCACUGAGCGAAGAUAAAGUGAGCGCGCCAGCAAGCGGCGAGGUGGAGACAGUAAAAAGCGAAAAAGAAGUUGCGAAUGCGAUAGAUUCCGAAGUCGAACAGACACAAAAGGAAGAAAAGGAGGAGACGGAACAGUUAAAGGUUAAGCUUGAAGUUAAUGAGGAGAGAACAAGUAUCCGUGAAAAGAAGGAAGCAAGCGAAUGUAAACCAGCAGAGCAAACAAAAAACAUAACCCCAACAGUCACAAGCGAUUUAGCAGAGAAAGCUUCCACUGACGCCGCAGAGCCGCAAAGUAGUGAACAGAGCGCUGAGCAUACAGAUGACAAGCCAACUACGGCGGAUGCCGCUGCUGUGGGCGGCGGACAAGAAACGGGAGCACUAGUAGCAGACGCGUCAGCAAAGCCAACAGAAAUUGAUGCAUCUACAACAGGACCAAGCGCAGUCGCAGGCAAAAACAAAGCCGCCAACGAGCACAUGGAAGUCAAUGACGCCUAUGAAACAUUGUCGACGCUGAGCAGCAAGCUGAAAAACGCACUAGCCAUGGUUGAUAACUCCACACAGACAUCAUCAAUGACAAUGAGCUUAACCACUUUGGCCACAAGUGCCGCAACCAUCAACGCGAGUACCAAUCUUCCUUUGCACUGCGGACCGAAUCGCAUACAGCACGCCAACUCACUGGAGCCAAGCGUGCCCUGUCAUGCGCUGAAUACAAUUGUCAGCUCACUGAAUUCGCAAAUUUCAUUACUUUUGGUAUGUGAAUUGGGUGUCUUUUGAUGUGUAACUUCUUCGGAUUAGGAAGAGUAAAAUUAUGCUUUGCUACCAAUUAGCAUUGCAAGAUAUAGAGGGCUUAUAUUCAAUA